AGGGGUGGGGAGGGAGCGGGGAGGCGCGCCGGUGAAAGGCGCAUUGAUGCAGCCUGCGCUCGCCUCGGAGCGCCGCGGGGCCAGCUUCUGAGCGCGUCCGAGCUCCCGGGCUCCUCCAGCUCCCGCUCCGCGUGUCCGGGGCCGCCGCGCGCCAUGCGCCCCCAGGCCCCCGCCGCCGCCCCCAGGCCGGGGCGCCUCGGCCUCCUGCCGCUCCUGCCGCUCCUGCUGCUCCUGCUGCUGCAGCUGCCGGCGCCGGCGAGCGCCAAUGAGACCCCCAAGGUGAAGCAGAAAGCGCUGCUGCGGCAGCGGGAGGUGGUGGACCUGUAUAACGGAAUGUGCUUACAAGGGCCUGCGGGUGUACCUGGUCGAGACGGGAGCCCUGGGGCCAAUGGCAUUCCUGGUACCCCUGGGAUCCCAGGUCGGGAUGGAUUCAAAGGAGAAAAGGGGGAGUGCCUGCGGGAAACCUUCGAGGAGUCCUGGACACCUAACUACAAGCAGUGCUCAUGGAAUUCGCUGAAUUAUGGCAUCGAUCUUGGAAAAAUUGCGGAGUGCACAUUCACAAAGAUGCGCUCGAACAGCGCGCUCCGAGUCCUGUUCAGCGGCUCUCUCCGGCUAAAGUGCAGAAGCGCGUGCUGCCAGCGUUGGUAUUUCACGUUCAACGGAGCUGAAUGUUCAGGGCCUCUUCCCAUUGAAGCCAUCAUUUAUUUGGACCAAGGAAGCCCUGAACUGAAUUCAACAAUUAACAUCCAUCGCACCUCUUCUGUGGAAGGACUCUGUGAAGGGAUCGGUGCCGGGUUAGUGGAUGUUGCCAUCUGGGUGGGUACUUGUUCAGAUUACCCCAAAGGAGAUGCCUCUACUGGAUGGAAUUCAGUGUCUCGCAUCAUUAUUGAAGAACUGCCAAAAUAAAUUCUUUCAUCUUCAUUCCCUACCUCUUUUUAGUAUACCUUUGACUGGCUAAUUUUAGUGACAUUUUAUAUAAUUUUUAGGUAGACAUCUGAAAGAAAAACAAAGUCUAAAUGUGUUUACAGACCAAAGUGUGAUUUCACACAAGUCCAGUAUUAUUCAUUUUCCUUCACUCAGAUGGUCUGAG